CAUAGGACGGCCACAUUUUUUUUUUACGCGGGAAACAAAUGGACUGCUGUUUGUUCAUCCACCCGCGCGUGUUGUGCAGCCCACCCAUAUCUCUCUUGAUAACACCUUUCACCUGCUUUGUAACCUUUCCACCUAUCAGCAUGACUCCUGGAAACCAAAGACGGCUGGAGUUUGCGCAAAAGAAAGCUGGCCCGCGCAGGACAAUAGCCCAGGUGCGUGUGCCUGCAUCUCGACUCGCUGAACAUCCUCAAUUGUCAAGCACUGGUGAUUCAGCGCAGGGAAGGCGAACUUAUACUCCGUAUUGUAUCCAACCUCGUAGAAGCGCGCCAAGGCAGAGUCAGGCGACGGCACAGCAACGGAUACCAAUGGACAAGCGACAGCGGACAAUGAUGACUCUAGUCUUUCAGCAGACGACCAGCUGCUGAACAGGGCCGGCCGACUCAUACAGUCAAUGGAGGAGAAACUGGCUGCUUACAAGCAGACAAAGGAGGACAAGAAGACAGCAGAAGGCCAGGAGACGCGGACAUUGCGAUCGAGGUCAUUGUCUCAAGAAGUCAAGAAGGAUAACAUUACACAGGAGACACUACACAGCACGGCCACAACAACGGCCACGACUAGGACCACGACUACAUCCACAUCUACGACUAUCUCCAAGGCACAGUCGUCGAUCCACUUCAGGCACACAGUCAGCAAGGACGAGCAGCUGUCGAUAGCGAGCACAGCACAUUAUGACGAAGACCCAACUGCUGCCAUUGAGAACGCUGACUCGUCGUUUACAGAGGAUGCAGGGAAUGUAGGGGAUGCAGAGGAUGCAGAGGAUGCAGAGGAUGCAGAGGAUGCAAGGGAUGCGAAAGAUACAGAGACCCCGUCAACACCACAGCCGACACAGCUCACUGAAAUCAAGGAUCAGGCAAUAGAGGAGUCCAGAGACAGAGAUCAAACACAAGCACAAGCACAACAUUCUUCUGAAGACAAUAAGCAGGCACCAAAAGCGGAUACAGCAGAAGAGGAUGGUACAGCAACAAAGAACAGGUCACAACCAACAGAACAUACCAUACCACUGAAGCCAGUGGCAGAGGACACCAUUUUCCGGAGACACAGCAGCCGCAGCAGCAGCGGUGACGAUGACGACGAUAACAUCCAUCCACUGGCACGCACGGUUGCCAAGGCGGCUCCACGGACCAGUCCCCGGAAGGUGUCUGAGGAGCAGCCCAGCGACGGCUACUACAGCAAAGUCGAGGUGCGCAGAUCGAUCUCAUCGUCCUCUAGGAUUCCACGGCCAUUCGCAGUGCAGCAGUCGACAGUCGGGGCGGCUCUACUGCCACUGCCUAGCCACUUGAAUACGCUGUAUCUCAAUUUCAAGGCGCUUGAGACUGUGAUGGUGUUCAUGAAAGGACAGGGCCAGCUGUGCUUUUACCACAAGAUGAAGAAACAUGUCGAGCUCCAGUCAUCAAGGAAUUUUGAACUCGGGCAUCUUGCGCAACUCAAGACAGUGUUGCCAGAGUGUUACCGGUACACGGCAGCACCAUGCCUGUUCGAGGGAGUCAAGACGCGGUCGAUCCUGAUUGAGAUGCAGGAGCUGAAGAGCGAGACGGAGGCGAAUUUCAUUCCGCAGGCGGAAAGGAGGCGCAAGCUGUUUGUAGAUCGGGUCUAUGAGCACAUCCAAGUGUACCACCAGGUAGGGCGAGCAUCCUCAGCGGAGCAGAGGGAUUGUGCGAUGAGUGGAUGAUAUGCGGAUGCACUAUACUAACACAGGGAGG